CCAUGGCACACUGCAACAAGUGCGUCGAUGAUGCUCGCUAGCUCGAUCCUCCAAGAAAGACCUAACGUUAUUUCAACGGGAGACAUUAUAGAAAUAACGAGCCUUUCUUCGUCGACCUUGGAAGAGAGUAGGCGCAACCUACUCAUUUUUUGUGCCGUUACUUCACUUUCCAAGUUGCUUGUUGCUAGUCGGUGAAAGCGAAAACAACAACAACCGCAAAGAGUUUUUCAAGAGGUCCGCCAGCCAUUCGCCUCAGCAUGUUGCGGGGUAACUGGUGAGCAGCUCCAGCGCAUUUAUCGCGGGUGUGUGUGUGAGUGUGUGCUUCUUUCCUUUCUUUUGUGUGUGUGUGUGUGUGUGUGUGUUUGUGUGUAACCGACAUGUUUUUACGAGACGACAACGACCAGGAGCGCGAGGCAGCGAGCCGCGCGCAGCGCAGAGGAACCCGGGCUGCUUCACCGAGGCCCCACCGCGAAAAACAGCUGCUGCGUUGAUGUGAGAAGAAGAAGAAGAAGCAGAAGGCCCCUUCCACCCCCACCAUAUAAAAGGUCAGAAGGGACAACAUCAACGACUAUGAGCAGGGCAGAACUACUGGACAGGGUCUCGUCCACCAGCGAAGACUCUCUCCCGGGCCUCCAGAACUCUGAAGGUGACCCGCGGACCCACAGCCGACCCCGCAGCCGACCCCUCAGCGAUUCAUACCCGUUUCACAGUCCCGCCGACAGAAGUGUGGUCCCGUGUCAGCUGUCCGGGUGCGGCGCCCAGGUGCAGCCGGUGUCCGGGGGCCCUUACGAGAACCAAUCGAAUGGCAUCAACUCGUCGUCCUGGUCCAACCCCGUCAUAGGUCAACCCGAGGGCAAGCCUUAUUCCUCAAGAAUCAUGAGGCUUUUUUCGAACCCGAGGAAGGGCCCCGUCCCCGCCCGCGGUCCGACCACUGACAGUCCCGCCCCGUCCCACGGCAACGACAGUAACGGCGUCCCCCAGUCCUGGUCGGGACUACCGGGUCUGGGUGUGGUGGACUCCUUCAAAAAGCUGCGUUCCUCGGUGCUCCAGGGUAUUCAGAGCAGAGGGGCGCACAGCCAAGACGGAGAACACGACCCGUCCGACCAGCAAGUAGCGAAUGGCACAGGUGCGGCCCACAUGUACCCCAGUCCAGCCGACGCUGGAACCCGCUUAAGGUGUGCCGACGGAUACGGUGUGCCCAACGUACAUUAUAACGGCCAAACGUCGGCCGCGACGAGCCGCUGUGGGUCCGACGACGACGAUGAGGAGGAAAAUGAUGAAGGAGAUGAGCUGGCGCGCAACACGCGGUUCUCAAGGAGCAUCAGGAGGGCGUACGGGGCCGGUCGCAUCUCUUUAUUGGACACGGGGAGCAGGAGGACGGCGGGAAGCGGUCGGGAGCCCGAUCGGACCCCCGGCGCCGACCUCCAAACGGAUAACGCGACGGAGGACGCUAAUGUGAGCGUGCUGAGCAAACUGACCAGAAGUGCAGAGAAUCUUCACAUAUUUAAGGCGCCUUUUAGACGCAAAGCCCCGUCUCCGGGACCGCCUUCGCUUCAGGAGGACACCCAGUGGUCCGCAGCGUCAAACGGGACACCAAACAUCCAGAGGACAGCCAGCGCCUCCUCAGUGGAUCUCCAGGGACACGCUGUCGGCGGCGCGAAGACCAAGAGGCCGAUGCUGAAGCUGGUCGGCAGCAUGACCGACCUGACUGUCAGACGCAGGCGGAGUCCCUCCCCCAGCCCCACCCCUUCCUCUCCGCUGUCCCCGCUGACCCGUCUCCAUGACGACUACUCCCGCCGCACGCCUUGCCUGGCGACCGGUGAGCGACAGCGGCGGCCCUCGCCCGUCAGAGCCCGGCUCAUGUCCGCCGAAAGCGCCGCUCUGGUCCAUCUGCAGCCCGAACACGGCGACGGCCCCGGGCAGCGCAAAGGCCCCACCGGCCUGGUUCCCGCGGAGCCGCCGGGGGGAGCGCAGACGACUUCCGCUGACGCCUUUGCGCGUUGUGAAUCGUCUUCCGGAGCCACGGCGGGUGGUUACAAACCGAGAGCAGAGCGCGGCUCGUCUCCUCUCGUCUACAAAGAAGCAUCCCGACCCCAGCGUCAGACUGAGGACAACCUGCGACCCCACGAGUGUAUAUGCCGGGGACCGGACCUGGAUCGAGAGAACCAAGAGGCGACAUCGGACCAACCGGAGCCAGAAGCCCUUCUCCAAACAGAGGAAGUCUCUCCAACUCCCAUCACAACCCCUCCCACCUCUUCCACGAGCCUCUCCGAGUCGCCCACGUCGCCCGCGGCCGCGUCCUUGGAAACGUCCUCCGUCAAGCCGAGGCGGAGGAGCGGACACUCGAGACCUCGUCCCAUCUCUGACUACGGGCAGCUCGUUUCCAGGAAGAACCCCAUUCCCGAGGAAGGGGCGGAACCGCGCGCCGAGGAAAGGACAGCGGAGACAUCCUCGCAUAAGGACAGCAGUGCUAGGGACUUGUGCGGGAUUGGACAGAGCCCGGAGACAUGCAGCAUCAACAGGGACGAUCAAGGAGGCACGAGGCAGCGUCCAGUCUCUGUGAUCGGGGGGGUCGAGGAGAACGAGGAGAAAGAAGACCGCCUCCCUUCUCUCUUGUCGCGGCCGCCCAUCCCCUCCCACCAGGUCCCCCCCUACAGAGCCGUGUCUGCCAGGUUUCGACCCUCCGCCCUCUCGCAGAGCACCCCCAUCGGACUGGACCGCGUAGGGCGGCGUAAGCUCCACAGAAUGCUCAGCGAGGGUUUGUCUGAGUGCUCGGCGGCGCUUGAUGACAGCGUGAGUGAAGAGGAGGAGGGCAGCUUCGACGAGCUCGCCGAUGCAACGCCCUACCUCCAGCCAGGGGUGGAGCUGUCUGUGCUCAACGAGUGGAUAAGCUCUGGCAACGCGGUGCAUGCUGAGGCUCUGUGGGACCAUGUGACCAUGGAGGAGCAGGAGCUGGCCUUCAAGGCCGGAGACGUUAUCCGUGUCCUGGAGGCCUCGGAUAAGGACUGGUGGUGGGGCAGGGGGGCUGACAAGGAGUCCUGGUUCCCCUCCAGCUUUGUGAGGGUGCGAGUGAACCAGGAGGACUCGAGUGCUGAAAGUGCAGAGAGUGUUGCGGACCAGGAAGAUCCGGCUCCCAGGGACGCACACAACGCUCAGCACAAGGAGCAGAUGAGAACCAACGUGGUUCAGGAAAUCAUGAAUACCGAACGCAUCUACAUCAAGCACCUAAAGGACAUCUGUGAGGGUUACAUCCGUCAGUGCCGCAAACACCCGGACAUGUUCACUGAGCUGCAGCUGAAGACCAUCUUCAGCAACAUAGAGGACAUCUACAGGUUCCAGAGGCAGUUUCUCAGAGACCUGGAGAAGAAGUAUGACAAAGACCAACCUCAUCAUAGUGAAAUUGGCUCUUGCUUUCUCCUACAGGGAGAGGGCUUCUCCAUCUACUCCGACUAUUGUAACACUCAUCCAGCGGCCUGUGCUGAGCUGCAGCGCCUCAUGAAGUCCGGAAAAUAUAAGCAUUUCUUCGAGGCCUGCCGGCUGCUCCAGCAGAUGAUCGACAUUUCCAUCGCCGGUUUCUUGCUAACGCCCGUUCAGAAGAUCUGUAAAUACCCCCUGCAGCUGGGAGAGCUGCUUAAGUACACCCCCAAAGACCACAGCGACUACAGCGGAGUGAGCAAAGCCUACGAGGCGAUGAAGAACGUGGCCAGUUUGAUAAACGAGAGGAAGCGGCGUCUGGAGAGCGUCGACGCCAUCGCUCACUGGCAGGUGGCCAUUCUGCACUGGGAGGGGUCCGACGUGCUGGAGCUCAGCUCGGACCUGAUCCACUCCGGCGAGCUGACUCGAGUCGUCAGACAGGGCAAAAUGCAACAGCGCAGCUUCUUCCUGUUUGACCACCAGUUGGUCUUCUGCAAAAAAGACGUGCUGCGCAGAGACCUGCUCCACUACCGCGGACGGCUGGACAUGGACCGGACCGAGGUGGUAGACGUGCCCGACGGGCGGGACCCGGACCUGGGCCUGCAGCUGAGGAACGCUCUGCGCCUGCGCAAUGCCGCCACUCUGGAGUUUGUGUGCGGGCUGUGCUGCAAGAAGGCCCAGGACAAGCAGCGGUGGUUGCAGGCCUUCGCCAAGGAGAGACACCGAGUCAGAGAAGACCGAGAGAUGGGAAUGGAAAUCAGUGAAGAGCAAAGAAAACAGGCCAUUCUUAAUGCCAGGAGAGCCAAACAGAAGAAGAGCAAAAACAUUGGUGUCCCACCACACCACCAAAACCUUCACCCAAUUCACCAGCGUCACAUCACCAUCCCCACCAGCGUGCCCCAGCAGCAGGUCUUCUCACUGGCCGAGCCCCCGAAGCGGAAACCUUACCACCUGUUGCAAAGCAUCACCUUUUUCAGGAAGUGAGGCUUUGCUCCCUCGUCCCUUUUUUAUUUUUUUUCCCCUCUCAACGUGGACGUUCAGAGCACGCCCGAACCGUCCUGAAAAUUCAAAGAACACUCGACUACUUUUUCCGUUUUUUGUGCCUUUUGUGUCUUUCGCUUGUGUUUUUGAUUUUGUUUGCAUCAUGACGUCCAGUGCCUGCAAAGGGGCUUUACUAAAGUGUUAAAAUACUGACUCUGUUAAUUUUGUUGCUGUUAAGAUGGUGCUCAUUCCCACCCCCCAGCACCCCAAACCUCCACUGCCUUGUCCCAACUGAAAAAAUCUACGGCAACAACCAUGGUUCCUGUUAGUUUCAGAGUUUGGACCCUCUUUUUCUUUUGGAGUGUCCCCUCCUGAGGAUAAAUCAACUGACUCCGUCAGCUGCUUUGUUAACACUGUAAAUAAAACUCUUGUACAAACUUA